AUGGGUCCUGAACCAUCGUGGGAUAUCAGUACUUGGUCUGCAGAGCUUUAUCGUGAAUUGAAAACGUCCAAACAAUGCGUAAUCUGGCUCAUAAACAGGCUGUCGAGCAUCAAGGCUGAACAUUCGGAGGUGCUGGACAAGGCAGAGUUCGGGAUUUGGGCCAUGGCAUCCCCAAACCCCAAAGCCAAGCACAUAGCAGUCCUGGGAGCAGGCAUAACGGGUCUUCAGACAGCCCUCUAUCUCCUCGAUGCGGGAUAUCAAGUCACCAUCAUUGCAGAGUAUGUUCCUGGAGAUGAAAGUGCGCACUAUGCUUCACCCUGGGCCGGAGGGCAAUGGCGGACUCACGCCAAGGCACACGAGGCAGAGUUGCAAGGGUGGGACGCAGAGACGUAUAGGGAAUGGAUGGAUAUGGUGAGGAGAGGGAAGGGGACAGAGGCUGGAUUAGGGGUGAGUUGA